CUUACUUACUGACAUUGACAUUGACAUCGUAAAUAACGAAACUACCUCACAUUUAAAAAAUAUUUUUAUUUCAUACAUAGCAGUUUUUAUUUAUUGAAAUCGUGUAAUUCUGGUUGAUAAUAAUUACCAUUUCAAGAUGGAAAUAACCACCAAAAACUUCUCCGAACAACUUGACGACAUAACCAAAAACUUGAAACGUUCAUGUUUCGUCGGUUUCGAUGCUGAAUUCAGUGCGAUUUUAUCGGGAGAGACCUUUAAACACAGGUUAUUUGACUCAAAUGAAGAGAGAUAUGACAAGUUGAAAUCCAAAGUAAACCAGAUGAUAAUGACGCAGAUAGGUUUGACGAUGUUCCAGUACAAUCGGGAUAUUGAUACAUACAACGCCGUCUGCUACACAUUCCAUUUGUGCCCUCAAGUGUUCGGGGAUAUUGACCAAUCAUUUAUAUUCCAAGCAUCUACGGUCAAGUUUCUGUGUCGACACAAUUUUGACUUCAAUAAGUUCACAUAUUUUGGUCUUCCAUACCUCAGUAAAGCUGAAGAAGAAGUUAUAAAGCAGCAACUGGAAGAUAACACUCUGUUCCAAAAUCUUUCUCACAGUUUAGAGAUUGAGGAUGAAAGAUUGUUGCAAAGUUAUUGCUCUGAAGUUUCCAAAUGGCUUAGCAACAGUGAGGAAGGCACACUGUACUUGGACAUCAAGAAUCCAGUUCUCCGAUACAUCACUCACAACGAAAUCAGAAUGAGAUUCCCAGGUGUGCUGACCACUGAUAGCUUAGGUAAUAGCAAUAAGGUACUUAUAUACAGAGAUAAAUCGGUGGAAGGUGCCAACAGUGCCCCAAAAACUGUCCUUGAAGAGAAUUUGAAAGUGCAUUUGUUGGGCUUUUCACAAAUCAUAGACCUACUGGCUUCAUACAAAAAACCUAUCAUUGGACAUAAUAUAUUUUUGGAUACUAUACUUCUGCAUAAUCAGUUUAUAGGGCCUUUGCCAAAUAAGUACUCAACAUUCAAGAAAAACAUCCAUGAGUUAUUUCCCAAUAUUUAUGACACAAAGUAUAUUUCUCAUGAAAUGGCAAAAAUGUUAACAUUUGAUGAAGUGUGGAAAUCUAAUGCGCUGCAAGAUUUAUAUGAAUUCUUCUCUGAGAGAAAAUGCAAGAAGUUAGAACAAGGUGUAAAUCCCAUAAGAUUAAGUAUUCCUUUUGCUGUGAAACAGUCGUACCAUGAAGCUGGAUGGGAUUCAUAUUGUUCAGGCUACUGCUUCAUCCGACUGGGCCACUGGGCUGCGUGCGUCAUCAGCGGCAAAAACCGGCCUGUCGGGCCCCGGGAGACGCUAGCCGCCAUGUCUCCUUACUGCAACCGGGCCAACACUAUAAGGGGAGCCAUGCCCUAUGUGGUAAGUAUCACAAUUACUUCCAGGAUACUGCUUCAUCCCGCUAGGGUACUGGGCGGCGUGCGUCAUCAGCGGCAAGUACCGGCCUGCUACUGCUACAUCCGGCUGGGCCACUGGGCUGCGUACGUCAUCAGCGCCAAGUACCGGCCUGUCGGGCCCCGCGAGACGCUGGCCGCCAUGUCGCCUUACUGCCACCGGGCCAACACUAUAAGGGGAGCCAUGCCCUAUGUGGUAAGUAUCACAAUGACUUCCAGGCUACUGCUUCAUCCGGCUGGGCCACUGGGCGGCGUACGUCAUCAGCGGCAAGUACCGGCCUGUGGGGCCCCGGGAGACGCUACCGCCCUGUCGCCUUACUGCAACCGGGCCAACACUAUAAGAGGAGCCAUGCCCUAUGUGGUUAGUGUUACAAUGACUUCCAAGCUACUGCUUCAUCCGACUGGGCCACUGGGCGGCGUGCGUCAUCAGUGGCAGUACCGGCCUGUCGGGCCCCGGGAGACGCUAGCCGCUAUGUCGCCUUACUGCAACCGGGCCAACACUAUAAGGGGAGCCAUGCCCUAUGUGGCUACUGCUUUAUCCGACUGGGCCACUGGGCGGCAUGCGUCAUCAGUGGCAGUACCGGCCUGUCGGACCCCGGGAGACGCUUGCCGCCAUGUCGCCUUACUGCAACCGGGCCAACACUAUAAAGAGAGCCAUGCCCUAUGUGGUAAGUAUCACAAUGACUUCCAGGCUACUGCUUCAUCCGACUGGGCCACUGGGCUGCGUGCGUCAUCAGCGGCAAGUACCGGCCUGUCGGGCCCCGGGAGACCCUAG